UCUCCACCCUUCUACCCGGCUCACUUCUUUCCUCUCUCUGCGCUUCGCUCCUUUUGUCUUUCCCCGCUCUCUGCCCCUCUCGGCUCAUCAGAUCCGGCUUCAGAUCCACGCCGAUCUUCCCUCCUUUCAGUUUUUUUCAGUUUUCCUCCUCCCUCCAUUCCCCCCCCCCCCCCCCAACCACCCCCGACAUCAAUAUUAUUACCACAUUUCUUCAGCUGAAUUUGCACACAUUCUUUUCUGAGUCACUCUCGCUGCCUCUUCGCCCCUCCCACAACUCUCAACCUUCUCCAAUUCAUUCUUGUCCAUCAAGUCUCUCGGCUCUUCCUAGUUUUCAUCAGACCCUUCUCCGUCCCCCCAUUUGUCAUGAAUUUUGGGGUGAGGAAAUUCCUUCCUACUGUUACUCUUGCCUUAUUCGGAUAUUCUCUUCUCAAUUUGAAUCAGAGUCUUGGUCUACUUUAGCUCGCUUUUGUUGCCUUUGUUCCGCAAUUCAACUUUUUUCUUCUGUUUUGCAAGUUUUCGUUAAUCCUUGCUGUACUUACGACUUUUUUCCUCUACUUGAUAUUACAUCUUUGAUCUAUCUCUGCUAAGUGCUGCUAUGUUUUUCAGAAUUCUUGUCCUUUCCUUUUGUUCUCUCGUUAGAAUAAAUUGCUUUUGCCUUUUCUUCUUACCAUCGUGCUUUACUGAUCAGACGUCUGGCAGCGGGUGGUAAUCGCAUGGACUGGAGUGUAAAUAGCCAGUACAGAAGUUACAAAGUAGAUGAUCAUAAAUCAAUGAUGGAGGUGGCGCUCAUUCCAAACAUGGAUCCUGUAAAUCUUGGCCUUGGCUCUUCAGAAAAGGCAAAUCCUAUAAAUUCAGUGAAGCCAAGAAAGAAAACAAUGACAUCGGUGUAUCUUAAGUUCUUUGAGACAGCUGCUGAUGGGAAGACCCGGAGAUGCAAAUUUUGUGGACAAACAUAUUCUAUUGCAACUGCCACAGGCAAUUUGGGAAGGCAUCUUGCCAAUCGCCAUCCAGGGUAUGAAAAGUCAGGGGAUGCUGCCAGCAAUCCAGCAACUCAACAUACUGCUGUGGUCAAGAAGAUUCAACCUCAAGGAAAAGCAAACCAGGUCGAUUAUGAUAAUCUAAAUUGGUUGCUCAUUAGGUGGCUUGUUACAGCUUCUCUGCCCCUGUCGACUCUGGAGGAGAGGUGGCUAGUGAAUUCCUUCAAGUUUCUGAAUUCAUCUAUACAACUCUGGCCAAAUGAGAAGUAUAGAUCUGUGGUUUUUGAAGUUUUCAGAAGCAUGAAGGAAGAAGUGAAAGCGUUUUUAGCACAAGUUUCUUCCAAGUUCUCCAUCACAGUUGAUUUCUGGACUUCUUUUGAUCAGAUAUUUUAUAUGAGUGUCACCUGUCAGUGGAUUGAUGAGAACUGGUGCUUCCGGAAAGUGCUUCUUGAUAUUUGUCGCAUACCUUCCCCUCAUGGGAGUACAGAAAUAUAUCAUUCCCUCAUUAAAGUUCUUAAAUUGUACAAUAUUGAAAAUAGAGUCCUUUCAUGUACCCAUGAUAAUAGUCAAAGUGCCAUGCACGCCUGCCAUACGUUGAAAGAGGACUUGGAUGCUCAGAAGAUAGGGCCAUUCUGUUAUCUCCCCUGUGCUGCUAGAACUUUGAGCUUGAUUAUAGAUGAUGGGUUGAGAUCCACAAAGUCAAUAAUUUCCAAGAUCCGGGAAUUUGUAAUAGAAUUGAAUGCCUCAUCAGAAAUGGCUGAGGAUUUUAUUCAAAUGUCUACGGCUUAUCAGGAAGGUACUUGGAAAUUUCCACUUGAUGUUUCCACAAGGUGGAGCGGAAAUUACCAGAUGCUUGACAUUGUUCGCAAGGGAGGUAAAUCUAUUGAUGCAGUUAUUCGUAAAUACGAGGAGACUCUUGGUAGUAGGAUGGUGCUGAACUCAACUGAGAAAAGUGUGGCUAGUGUCGUGCAUCAAUAUUUAGAGCCAUUCUACAAGACCACGAACAACCUAUGCACAAGUAAGGUGCCAACAGUUGGCCUCGUCCUGUUCUUCAUGGAUCACAUUUCGGAAACAAUUGCUAACUGCAGAGAAUCCCGUCACACUCCAGACUGGCUAAAAAGCGCUGCAGAAGAAAUGGCUAAAAAGGCCAGAAGUUAUAUUAAUCAGGUUUGCAACAUAUUCACAUAUAUGACAGCAAUUCUAGAUCCUCGAGUUAAGGGAGAGCUAAUCCCCGAGGGUUUAAACUCAGAUAGUUUUCUAGAGGAAGCAAGAACGCAUUUUACAAGAAAUUAUUCUACCACUCAUUUCUCAUCCAUGAGUGCUGGAUACAGUGCUCAGGAAAUUGAAGAUGGGGCUGUAUCAUUUGCAGAGGAGAUAGCACGCAAGAAACGACGUGCAAGCAUGAGCUCCGGCACUGAUGAGCUCAGUCAGUAUCUUUUAGAGGCUCCAGCUCCAAUACCAACAGAUGUUUUAGAAUGGUGGAAGGUCAAUAGUACACGUUAUCCGCGGUUAUCUGUGAUGGCUAGAGAUUUCCUCGCUAUGCAGGCAACUUCAGUUGUGCCUGAAGAGCUUUUCUGUGGCAGGGGUGAUGAGAUCAGCAAGCAACGGUUCUGUAUGUCACAUGAUAGCGCACAGUCUAUUCUUUGUAUUAAGUCAUGGAUUCAGGUAGGCAUCAAGUUCAAGUUCAAGUCAACUGAAAUUGAUUACGAGAGGUUAAUCGACAUGUUAGCUGCUGGUGCCAUCGAUAGUAGCAAUACUGCUUCAGACAAGAAGCAAAAUGACCCGGUGAAACGGCAAUAAAAUAAUGCCAGUGUAGAUUUUAUCUCAGCUAAGUUAAUUGUAAUUUAUCAUCUUAGAAAAGGAAAUUGGGUGUUCGAUUCUUGAACACUUAUUAUACUUGUGAAAUUAGUACAUUAUAGGUCUUGGUUCAAUUUAUAAGUUUUUAGGUGUUGAGAGAAUCAGACCAAGCGUUUACUCUAGUCUAGCAAGUCCGGUCCAGUGCAAUGAGAAAACUGGAGAGGAAGAAACCAGGUUAAAUCGGUAAAGCGAUGGCUUACCCGGUCAAGCCAGUCACAUAUUCCGUCCUUUUAUAAUUUUUUUUGAUGUAAUCCAUGUUUUUUAAGCUAUAA